AUGGCGACCAAAGCCGAGGAGCCUACCUCUGCCCCAGCCAACAAGAACACUGAGGCUGGUGAGCAUGAGGCGGUCCCUGAGGAGACCGACCCUGUCGCCGACGCUCUUGUGACCCUCACAAUCGUCCUACCAGACCCUGACGCCGAGAAGAUCCAAAUACCUGUCUCGACGCAAGAGCAGGUCCACGAGAUUCGACAGUCCAUCAUUGACCUUCCCUCAGCCCUCCGGUACACCUGCUUCCACCUCGAGCACAAUGGCCAAAAGAUCAAUGACUUUAUUCCUCUUUCCGAGAUCCCCGACCUUGGCACCGAGCCCGAAUUCCGUGUUGUGCAGGACCCAUACACCGAAAAGGAGGCACGGAUUCACCUGGUCAGAAUCAGAGAGUUGAUCGGCGCUGCUGGUGAUCGGACAGACACCACACAGGGCGUAUUGUCCGGAGCCUCUCUUUUCGAGACAGUCACACAUGAUGCACAGCAACAGGCCAACGCUGAGCAGGCUCAGAGUCCAGUCAAGGACUAUGACUUUGCGGCAGCCCCGUCCCUGACGUCGCUGGUUCCCAUGUUCACAGGCACCCCGCCAAAGACUGUCAAGACCAUAUCGCUGUCGCCUUGGAACCCUCCACCUCCUCACCUGCGCCAGCGUGGUCACCUUCUGUACCUCCUCGUGGGCACAAACGAAGGCGAACAAUACCAGAUUACUGCUCACGUGUCCGGCUUCUUCGUCAACAAGUCAUCCAACGCCAAGUUGGAUCCUUUCCCCAAGCCUGCCCCCAAGGCGGCCGCCGCUCACUCACUCCUGGAUUUGCUGCCCCAGAUCUCCGCAUCGUUUGCCGAGACUUUUGUUCAGCUACAGGAGCACAGCAACUUGCGCGACCCCCUGGCCACUUUCCAGAUCAGCAAUGCUAUUCCCGCCUCGCCAUGGGCUGUCCCUGCGCCAACGUCGUCGCUCUGCACACACGUGCCUGAUGCAACCCGGCCCCAGGAGCCAUACCUCCUGUCCGGCGUCGACAACCAGGACACUCUGCGUGACUGGAACGAGGAGUUCACGUCCGCAAAGGAGCUGCCCAAGGAGUCUGUACAGGACCGUGUCUUCCGUGAGCGUCUUAUCAACAAGCUGUUCGCGGACUACAAUGACGCCGCUGUUCGUGGCGCUGUCAUGAUCGCGCGUGACGAGAUUCCUCCCCUGAACCCGACCGAGUGCCGCGACGCUCAGAUCUUUGUCUACAACAACAUCUUUUUCUCAUUCGGUGCGGACGGUGUCGGCACGUUCACCUCAGAGGGCGGAGACGAUGCCGCCCGCGUCGCCACAGGCAAGGACAUUGCCGGUGUGCAGCUAGUGAACCAACUGGACAUUGACGGCCUGUACACCCCUGCCACUGUCUUGGUGGAUUACCUUGGCAAGCGCAUCGUCGCUCAAAGUAUUGUCCCCGGUAUCUUCAGGCAGCCAGAGCCUGGCGAGAGCCAGAUCGACUACGGUGCUCUGGACGGCAAGGACGCCGUCGCCGCAGAUGAGCGUUUCACUGAGGUUUUCGCCACCUUGUCCAAGUCCCUGAGGGUCAAGAAGCACCCUGUGUGGGACAAGGAGGGCAAGCGCUUCGACCUCGAAGGCAGCGUGGAGACCAAGGGCUUGAUGGGGACUGAUGGCCGCAAAUACGCUCUGGACCUCUACCGAAUCACGCCACUCGACAUCAACUGGCUGGAAGAGGAUGAUGACGAAGAUGAUGAGUCGACGACGUAUCCUCACCGUAUGACGGUUCUGCGACCCGAAUUGAUUGACAUCUAUGCGCGCUUCAAGAUGAGGCAGUUUGUUAACGAGGAAUUGGCCCGCAAUGGCGUUAGCAACGACACCAAGGCCAAGGUCGAAAACGCGCCCGAGGGUGGUGAAGAGUCUGCAGAAGCAAAGGCUGCUAAGCAGAAGGAAGAGGAAGAGUCCAAGGCAAAGACCCAAGAGGCUGUCUCCAAGUUCAAGUUCGCCUUGAACCCGGAUGCUUUCAGCGGACAGCAGCCCAAGACGGAAGAAGAGAAGGCUGAGUGGGCCGAAGAUGAGAAGAACGUCCGCGAGGUUGGACAGUACCUUCGCGACAACAUCAUUCCCGAGCUCCUAAAGGAGUUGACGGAAUCUGACAUCAGCUUCCCCAUGGAUGGACAGUCCCUGAGCCGCCUCCUACACAAGCGCGGCAUCAACGUCCGGUACUUGGGCACCAUUGCCUGGCUGUGCACCGAUGACCGCUUGGCGUGCCUGCGUGAGCUGUGCAUUCAAGACAUGAUCACUCGCUCCUUCAAGCAUGUUGCUGCCAAGUAUCUCAAGACGCUCCCUGUCUUCGCCACCACAGCCUGUGUCGCUCAUCUGCUCAACUGCCUGCUCGGUCACCAGAUGAACAACAAGCCAGCUGCUCAAGUCGACGAGUCCCUCAAGGGCCUGUACCCCGAUGCCGACUGGUCUUUCGAACAGGUUACCCCUGUGAGUCUCCGCGAGGAGAUUGAGGCGCAGGCGCUGAAGCGCUUCCGCCACGAGCUUGAGGGCGAGUGGUACAAUUUCACCCGCCCGAAUCAGCAACUCCGUGAGGUCUGCCUGCGCUUGGGCAUCCAGCUCGAAGCCCGCGACUACUCGUACACCGCUUCCCAGAGUGCUGAAGAGCCACAAGCUGAGAACAAGCCCGAGGCGACAAAGACGAACGGUCAGGCCAACGGCCAGUCUGACGGCAAGAAGAAGAAGAAGAGCAAGGCCCGCGAGGCCUCCCCCGCCAAGCCUGUUCCGUCUGCCGCCCGCACCACCACCUUUAUCCCCGACGACAUUGUCGACAUUGUGCCCGUCGUCAAGCACUCGUGCCCUCGUAGCGCCCUCGCGGAGGAAGCUCUCGAAGCAGGCCGCCUGUCGCUGAUGCAGGGCCAGAAGAAGCUGGGCCAGGAGCUCCUCCUCGAGUCACUGUCCCUGCACGAGCAGAUCUACGGCAUCCUCCACCCCGAGGUCGCGCGCGUAUACAACACUCUGUCGAUGCUCUACUACAAUCUGGACGACAAGGAGGCCGCCGUCGAGCUCGCCCGCAAGGCCAUCGUUGUCGCCGAGAGGACAGUCGGCGUCGACUCGGCCGAGACACUCCUUAACUAUCUCAACCUGAGUCUGUUCCUCCACCAGACGGGCGACAGCAAGAAUGCCCUGGUCUACACCAAGCACGCGCUCAAGCUGUGGAAGAUCAUCUACGGCCCGGACCACCCGGACUCCAUUACCACGCUCAACAACGCCGCCGUCAUGCUGCAGCACGUCAAGGGCUACCACGAGUCCCGCCUCUGGUUCGAGGAGUCCCUGCGGGUCUGCGAGUCCGUCUUUGGCAAGCAGUCCGUCAACUCGGCCACGCUGCUCUUCCAGCUGGCGCAGGCUCUCGCGUUGGACCACGACUCCAAGGCCGCUGUCAAUCGCAUGCGCGAGUCGUACAACGUCUUCCACGCCGAGCUCGGCCCCGAGGACAAGAACACAAAGGAGGCCGAGACCUGGCUGGAGCAGCUGACGCAGAAUGCCGUGUCCAUCGCUAAGCACGCAAAGGACGCCCAGGCGAAGCGCAUCCGCUCCGGCAUCCGCUUCCCCACGUCCACCUCCGGUGUCGUGGAGCCCGCCGCCGUGCGCACGGCGCCGCAGGUGGAUUCCCGCAGCGUCGACGAGCUCAUCAAGUUCAUCGAGGGCGGUGACCAGCAGUCCAAGCCAUCCAAGAAGCGACCUGCUCAGGGCAACCCUAAGAGGCGUGGCCGUGCCGCCAACUGA